AUGGAUAGGUCAUGGGUGCAUGCUGAUAGGAGAUCUCAUGAAUAUAAGUUAGGGGUGGCAGAGUUUUGUCAGUUUGCUUUGGGAAAUGCUAGAGACCCUAACCGUAUUUGUUGUCCUUGCACAAAGUGUGGAAAUGUGAAAGAUUUUUCGACACAAGUGAUAAAGGAUCACUUGUUUGUAAAUGGGAUUGACACAGAUUAUGUGAAAUGGACAGAACAUGGGGAGGUUGUAGUGGAGUCGGGAUCAUAUACGGAUAGUAAAAGUCUUGAAUCAGAGCCAAUUGAAUCUGACUCUGUACAGGGUAACAUGAGGGCAGAUUAUGAAGUAGAAUUAGAUAGUGAUGUGGAGUUGGAAGGUGAUGAGGAUGAGGAGCUUUUGAGUGAGUGUAAUGAAUUCAAGAAAUUUGUUGACGAUGCCAACAAACCCUUGUACCCUGGUUGCAAUAGGCACACCAAGGUGAAUGUGCUUGUGAGGCUUUACAACUUGAAAGCCAAGCAUGGGAUGAGUGAUUCGGGUUACUCGGACUGGUUGAUUGCCUUUGCUGAGUAUCUGCCGGAAGGAAACGAGAUACCUUCCUCUGUGUACGAAGCAAAGAAGAGUUUGAGUGCAUUAGGAAUGGAUUACACCAAAAUACAUGCCUGCCCUAAUGACUGUAUUCUAUACAGAAAACAAUAUGCCGAUGACACUAUUUGUCCUACAUGUGGUACAUCUAGGUGGAAAAUAUGCAAAAACAAGAAAGAAAGAGAGGGAGUCCCUGCAAAAGUGUUAUGGUAUUUCCCUCCUAUUCCUAGGUUCAAAAAAAUGUUUCAAUCAAUUGAAACAUCUAAGGCCUUAACUUGGCAUGCCACUGAGAGAAACAAGGAUGGCUUGAUUCGCCAUCCUGCAGAUUCUGCGGCUUGGAAGUUGGUAGAUGAAAAAUGGGCAGAUUUUGGUAAUGAGCCACGAAACCUACGACUUGCAUUGUCAACGGAUGGGUUCAAUCCCUUUAGCUCCUUAAGCAGCAAGUAUAGUUGUUGGCCCGUUAUUUUGGUAACCUAUAAUCUACCUCCAUGGUUGGUAAUGAAGAGGAAACACAUGAUGCUUACCUUAUUGAUAUCGGACCCUAAACAACCAGGAAACGACAUCGAUGUUUACCUUGAACCAUUAAUAGAUGACUUAAAGCUGCUAUGGGAAGGGGUGAAUGGAGUUUACGAUGCCAUCAAAAAUGAAACUUUUACUCUUAGGGCUCUACUAUUCUGGACAAUCAAUGAUUUUCCAGCGUAUGGUAACCUUUCAGGGAGUAUAGUGAAAGGCUACAAUGCAUGUCCGAUUUGCCUUGAUAAAACAAAACCUACAAGGCUAGUUCACGGGGGAAAGAUGGCCUACACCAUUCAUUGGCGAUUUUUAGGAAGACACCAUCCUUAUCGAAAGCUAAGGGCUGCUUUCAAUAACCAGCCAGAACAUGUAGCAGCUCCAAUGCCAUUAACUGGAGAAGAAUUGUUGAGCAGGGUGGAGGCUGAAGUUCCACAUUGGCCGAAAAACCAAAGACGGCUUGAAAACUCGUUUGGACUUGGUGGAAAUGGGUAUAAGAUGUGGAUUGCACCCAAAUCUAGAUGCAAGACUAUAGAUGCUUCAAGGCUUCCCAAAAUCCAAAGUGAUCUGGUCGAAACUUUGUGUGAGCUUGAGAAGUACUUUCCGCCAUCUUUCUUUGACAUAAUGAUUCAUUUAACAGUCCACUUGGUUAGAGAAGUUGAGCUAUGUGGACCGGUUUGCUUCCGAUGGAUGUAUCCUUUCGAAAGAUAUAUGAAGGUCUGCAAGGGCUAUGUUAGGAAUAAAACGCAUCCGGAAGGGUGCAUUGCUGAGUGUUACAUAGCUGAAGAGGCGCUUGAGUUUUUAGGUGAACUUUUCUUUGAUGAUAGGACUGUUGGCAUCCCAAAAGAAAACAUCACAGCUGACAAGCCUACCUCUGGUGCAACUGUUGAGUCUGUUUAUGGCAAAGAAUUUCAGCAAGCUCAUCUCUGCGUGCUUCAAAACACUGAAGAAUUUAGAAGCUACUUUUUGGAACACACGGAACAGUUGAAGAGGGAGUUUCCCAAGUACAAAAAGAAUAAAAAGUGGUUGGUGGACAAACAAAACAUGACUUUUGCUCAGUGGGUGAAGGAGAGGGUUGAAUCAAAGGUUGCUGAACCAGGUUGUGAUGUCCCUGAGAUUGUGAGGUGGCUAGCAAAUCAACCAACCCAUGAAGUCCCGAAGUUUAGUGGUUACCGAAUAGGGGGAGUGCAAUAUAACACUAAGUUGCGCGAUGAUCUUAGGUCGACACAAAGCAGUGGGGUUUAUUUGGUUGCUAAGACUCCUCAAGUAGCUAGUGCUAAGGAUAAAAACCCUAUUACUGAAGACAUGAGCUUCUAUGGGGUGAAACCGAAAUAUGGGAGCUUGACUAUGGUCAUUUUAGGGUUCCUAUUUUUAAGUGUGAUUGGGUAG